UUCAGUUCAAUCGAAUCAUUCAAUCGAAAUAGGUGAUACUGGAAUCAUCCAUGCACUUAUACUUAAAAAACUGACAGUCUUUCGUUUGUAAGUGAAGGAGAUUAAAGGUUUAUUAAGUAAGAUUCUUAAUUAAACAUAAAAUCAGAGCACGAAAAAUCUUUCGAAUAUGGAAUUUGCAGCAAUUAUUUUUGCAAUGGUGACAUCGCACACUUUGGCCGUCUCAAUUUCACCCCCACAUAACACUUCUCAGUUUAGUCUUGCAUCCUUGAACACAGCAAAUUCACCCGACCAGCACUCAUCAGAGGAACCAAGCCAUCGACAAAUUGCCAUUUUUGACAAUAUCUUGAACAAUAUUAUCUACUCGAAUGUGCUGACUUCGUCAAUUUACAGCAGAUUGGGAGGCAUAGAAUGUACAGGGAUUGACGGAAAUCUUGGCCUGCCAAUUGCUGCAACGGUGAUCGGAACCCUCAACGGUGAUUACGUUGAUUUCGGAGGGACGAGUCUCUGCAACCAGAGCUGUUCUGGAACUUGUGUCAAGUACCCGAAUAGUCCUCCGGCUGUGGCGCCCCCAUCAUUAUAUCCCUUCGGCUGCGAUUGUGCGGUGGAUGGAUGCAAUGAGAAUGGACCUAUCCCGCCCCAAAAAUUUCUCCCCGGAACAAUGGUCACAUGUCGUAUACAUGAUGGAUGUACUUGUGGAGGUCUUUCCAACCCUGCCGACACGUACGUUGGAUACAUUUGCAACUGGUUGAAUGUGGCGAAUGGUCAACAUAUUUAUUUACAUUAUGAUGAGCAAUAUUCACCCAUUCGUUGGUGUGAUUGUUGUCCAGACAAUGGUGUUGAUAGACGAAUCUAGAGCCACAUAGAUAUGCAUUUUUGCCUAUUAACUAUUUCUUUAUUACAAACUUUUUGAUAUGAAAAUCUCGUAUUGAGUUGUCAAAUUCGUUAUUUUGAUUUGAGCUUCUUCAACAAGAAAAUAAAAUCGAUACCAGAAUUAACCACUUCGCCCCUAUAACGACUAUGUGGCGUAUUUGAUCUUUACACCGAAUACGACCAUGUGGCGUAAGUUCCCUUGGCUCCGGAAUACGACGAUGUGUCGUAUUGACCCUUGACAACGGGUACGACUAUGUGGCGUA